AUGGCGCACGUCCACGGGAAUGCGGAACAAGAGCUUGAGCAGCGUAACAGGCUGCCAACUCUGAUGGAAGUCCUGGGCAGAAGAACAUUAGCACCGGUGGAUUUAUUUUCAUUUUACAUUUACAUGCGAGAUCAGCAGCGCUCAGUCGAUUACCUGGAUUUUUGGCUUGAUGUAUCUCAACACAUGUCCUUAUGUCGGCAUUACGUCCGAGAACUACGUCGAUCUAUGUUGGUUGAUACUCCGGAGAUGGAGAAAGCCACGAGCAAACGAUCUUCACAACUACUCGAGAAUUUGGACAUCGGGGAGGCCGUCUCAGAUCACAGGAAGAGCGGGCAUGAAUCGAGGGUUUCAGCUUUCCUGAGAUCUGAGAAUUCUAACGCACGAAAAUCCACGAGCAGAGAAGGCGGUACUGACCAUUCUCCAUCUCAUAGCAUGGGAUCUGGGCACUCGAGAAACUUCAGCCGUCCAUCAGGGGAUAGACCAUCGCCUUCGGAACUCCCACAGCCUAGUUAUCUAACGCCCGAAGUCCGAACUGAUUCGAAUUCUCCUGGGCACAGCGUCGCUCGAGCGGAUAUCAAGGCUAGUGCUGAGAAAAUCCUCUACACCUUUGUCCUGCCUGGCUCUGAACGCGAGAUUGUUCUCCCAGAUUCUAUGCUGAAUAGAAUCAUCCGAGCCAUUGAAGAAGAGGGCCGAGAUGACCCCGAAGUAUUUGAUGAUGCCAAAGACUAUGUAUUCCAGGCCAUGGAGAGAGACGCGUUUCCUGGAUUUCUUCAGGCGAAAGCACUAGGCAACCUGGUUCCCCUCAGUGUCUUGAUAAGGCUCAUCAUUGGCCUAGCCAGUUUAAUGGCUGGGUUUUGGGGGGGAUUCUACAUGAUCUUAAGUGACCAGUCGCGGCGGAUGAGGUGUUAUCUGAUCCUCCCAUUCACCAUUGGCGCUUAUUUCCUUAUCUCCUACCAAUACAAACUCGACAUUCUGGCUGCAUACCUGGGAUUUAGUGAAUACACAUGGAUGAACUGGUCAAGAGUGCGAGAGCCUUUCGUUCGGAGAUUACUUCUCACUCGAGCCACGAUGGCAUCGCUCAUGUUCGCAGCUGUGGCGGUCGCCCUGAGCGUGCUCUUUAUAUUCGUGCCGGGAACAAGGUUUUAA